AUGUGCUACGCCGUAUGCUCUGCCAGUAUCGCCUCCAUCAAUACCCUCCCUCGCCUACCGCCACCGCCCAUGGGUAUACAGUCCAGAAAGGCGAAGAAGCGCUUCCGGAAGUCUCUCAAGACAUUUGUGAACGCAAUUUUGUGCCGCCACAAGGCCAAACCCGACUGCCGCUGCCUCAUCGUCGUCGAAACCAAGGACGAGGAUUUCGUUCACGUCGAUCCAGGCGCGGACGAUCCUUCUGUCGAACACAUCGACCUUGUGGCUGACAGGGCAGCGUGGAUGGGAGAUUCAAGUGUCCCCAAGCUUCCUGACCUUGGUCUCGGGUCAGCGGUUGCAUGCGAGCCUGCUGUCCGGCUAGGAUCACCCUCGAUCAAUGUCGAAGUCAAUCAAUCAGUCGAGCCUGGACCCAUGGGCAACCUCAGCUUACUGCCGGGGUCGAUCCUACCUGCGUCAUUGACCCUGCCGCUGCCCUCUCGGUUCUGGACCGUGUCAACAUGCGUGCUCUUCCAACAUCCGCAACGAAUUCUACUCCUGCUCCUAGCCGCAGGGCUCUUGGCGGAGAUGCACGCGAUGAGGUCGCUCUCGCUCGCCGAGUACAAGGUCGUGUCUCCAAGAAGGCAUCUCGGGGUGACGGCGGAGAUGAGUCGAAGGGCGGAUGGCGGUGAGAAGGACACUACGGUCGGUGCUCCUACCCACAGGAAGGUCGAGCCUCAGGCUCCGAAGCAAGUCGCUACUCUGGUCCACGAAGUCCUUGUUGUCGUGCCGUCAGCAGCUAACUCAGGCCAGCCAGCGCACGUUUCCGAGCCUUUGCAACUCCCUGUCGAGACGAACGAGGCGACGUUCACCCCUGCCACUCGAGCUCUCUCGCAGCCCCUUGGAUGCGGCGAUGAGGUCUUCAAUGUUCGUGUUGUCCAGGAACCAGAGGCCGUCGUCGCACAAAUCCACGUUACGCCUUUCGAGACCCAUGCCGACCAAGAGCGGGGCACUACCACUGAGGACAAUCGGAGCUCCGUCGGCAUCGUUGCAGCAUCCCCGCUCACCACGACGUCGCUCUCGAACGUUAUCAGCGCCGACAGAUGGCCAAUCGUUCUCGAAGGAACUGUAGAGACAGACGUGCUCACUCAGGUGUUGCCGUCGACGGGCACAGGAGUCUCUGACGCAGUCGGAACGACGACAUACGACAUCAAGACGAGCGCCAAUGUGGGAAACGGAUCCUCGCCUUGUUACAACCGUCGCGGAAUUGCGUCUCGACGACUCAAUGGGCCAACGAAUGAGGAAGUCAAGGUUCCGUGGGCUGUUCCCGGGUCCUUCAUACUUGCGACGCCUAAGGCCGUGCUGGACUACAGCUUCGCACCAACAGAUACGUCCGGCACGCCACCUUACCGGACCCAUUCCCAGUUCUACGGACCGCAGAAGGACAAGGAAGAUGGCAACGUCACCGAGCAGUCCAACGUUUCGCACACCUUUGUGCAGGAGACGAGUGGAAACAAAUCGACGACGUCGACGGUCUCCGUCUCGCCCAGUCCGAAGGCACUGACACAGACUUCAUGUCUUGACUUCCUUGACGUGUCCGCCUUGUCAUCGAGCGCGAUCCCUAACUCGAAGGGACCUACGGGAGCCCUUGUUGACACAUGCCCGUCUCUCCAGGCCAUUGAAGGCGACAAGAUAGCCGUCAUUCGCGCUAUCACAGAGCCGGAGGUUGUCCUUGCACAAACCCACGUAACACCUCCCGAGACCGGUGCCGACCAAGAACGGGAGAAUGUUGAGCCCUGUGAAGAUUAUCGGAGCUGCGUCGACAUCGUUGCGGCGUGCUCGCUCACCAAGAUCCUGCCUUCAAAUGCUGUCAACGCAGACAGCGAGCCCCUCCUUGUCCAAGAGGUCGUAGAGACAAGGGCGUCACACGAACUCUGCCGAAGGCCCCUCAAGCAGCUGAAUUCUAUACCGACACCUACCGAUGACUUAUCCACGAAACCAAAGGAGAUCGAGGUUGCCACCGUCGUCGAAUCGCACCCAAUUGGCUCACUCGACGUGACAAUGGUCAAGGAACAGCAGGUCCCAUUAGAUAUACUGGACGUCUUCUUUCCUGCGAUGCCCAGGGACGUGUUAGACUACAGCUUGGUAUCAACGAAUGCGUCUGCCACGCUGAUUUUCCCGACCCACUCCAGAGCCCACACGCUGCAGGAGAAGCAAACCGGAAGCGUCCCUGAGCAGUCCAACAUGAGUGGGGACACAACGGUAGUAUCAUCGAUCACCGUCAUGCACGGUCCGAAAGCAUCCAUGUGCAAACCAGGUCCCGGCUUAUCGUCUGGCUCCCUUGCUACUUCCACAACGUCAAGCGAGGGUUCCGGCUCGAAGGACUCUGCGCUAGCUCUUUCUCGUUCAUCUCUCCCGGCAAAUGACAAGCCCCUCACUAUAACUGCUCCUAUAUCCCUCGGUGGCCCUGCCCAGGCUCCUGCUCAGGAAUUCGCCAGGAUUGUUGGACACAUCCUCUCUUUCGUUGCCGUGAGCGAGCAGAAGGAACCCAUCGACUGCCUCGCCUCUCCCGAUAUUCCUGCAGCAUUCAACUCAGCCAGUGUGCCUACGGCUGUUCCCUCUGUUGUGCCCACUCUACCUCUCAACGAUCAUGGUUCCCCGAUGAUGACUCGCACAGCUUGCGACGAUCUUCGCAAGCUCAUACAGGUCGAGCGUCAGGCAGCAGACACACGUCGCGCUAUCUUGGAUACCAUGGCGAGACUUUUGGCUAAGCAUGAGCCCAGUGAUGGUACAUUCAGUCCACCCCGUGUUUACGCUAACGAACAACCGGGCAUUAUUGGAUGUGAAGGAUUCGUUCAGCGUAGCCUAGCCGCAGAAGAAGAAUGGGAGCGUGACAUGGGUGGCGUCGUCUCCGCUUUGGUGCAACUCGCCUGCGUCCCUCGUGUCGCAUCAACUCCCCGUGCCGCAUCGACCCCCCGCUUCGUAACAACUCGUCAACCUUCUCACGAGGCUUCCCUAGACACACUGAACAGCUGCAAUGAUAAAGAAGGCCCAUUCAAGAAGACGAGUCGCGAACUUACGGAUGCCGCCACCAAGAAAGCCUUACUUUCUGAAGGCCAGCGCGGCCUUCGGGCGGUUGCAAAGCACGAGCCUCUGAAAGUGGAGAGUGCGCAACGCGAGACUGUCAAGCUCAGGGUGACCGGUCUGUUGAGCAAGGAGAUGGUGCCAAAGAAGACCGAAGACGAGGAGACGACCAACGCAAAGAAGUUGCGGUACCAGGAAUAUGUGGCGCGCAAGGCAUACGAGAAGCGCAUCGAGCAAUUGAAGGAUCAGCCAGUCCCGCUCAUUAAGCUUGAGGAUAAGCUACCUGGACGUCCGGUGGUCCCAGCACUGAUCCGACCGAACCUACUCGUUGCACCUGCAAACCUAUACGCCAACUCAGCAAUGACUACGCCGUUGAAGGACAUGGACGACAUUCGCGCUUCGACAACAUCGUCUCCCUCGGUGACGCCUUCUCGUCUGCCUGUACGCGUAACAACUGCGAAUACGGCCCAAAACGGUGGUCCCGGAUCUGUAUCUCCUGUCAGGCUUACGCUUGACAAGAUCCGAGCUACGGUGUCCGCAAUUGCCUCGCCUCCCUCUCCACCGCGUACUCCAGGCCGCAAGACGACCGCCAUUCCACAGAGCCAGUCGCGCAAGACCCACCCUACUACUGGAGCAUCACGAUUCUCCUCCGUGGCUAGUUCUCCCAUGUCUUCUCCCAUCACGGCGAAGACACCCAACACGAAGUCCAUCGCUGUUUCGAAGAAGGCGCAGACCCUCGCGCCCUGUCGCAACGCCGAAUUGCAAGCCUUCGGUUCCGCGGGUGAUAUCCGCGAAGCGUACGGAAUCCGCGUUCCAGUUGACCUCAACUCGCGAUACGGUAGCCCCUACCACCCCGCCUAUUAG